CACGAAAGAAACUCGGCCUCGAGACAGAAGGACAACGGCCUCGAGAACGGCGUAAUCCUUUAAACCCAUCGGAAGCGUAUUUUAGAUCGUUUUUGCCAAGAAAUGGCAAACUAGCGAAUCUUCCUGAAGAAUCAGGGCCAUUGAAUAAGGAUGGCACUUACACUCUGACGGGUGAAUGGAUCGAAGUUUUGGACGAGCCUACAGCGACAUUGCCAGAGAAGCGUCAUGUCAGAAAAAAAAGCAACGUUGUUUUGCUGUAUGCUCAUGGAGGUGGACAUUCUUUUUGUUCAGCCAAGUUCCAUCGUCAUUUGGUUACAAGAAUGUUACUCGAGUUUGGUCCAGGCGCUAGAGCCUUUGUUUUUGAUUAUCGUCUUUCGCCAGAAGACCCCUUCCCAGCGGCAAUCCAUGAUGUAUAUGCUGCAUAUCUUUACUUGACCCAACCUCAACAUGAAGCUAUUACGAUCCAGCAUCCUAGUACACCAAUCACGGAGCCAAUUGACCCAAAGGAUAUUGUCCUCGGCGGUGACUCUGCGGGUGGUGGAUUAGCCAUUGGAUUCCAGCUUUAUAUGAGAGAUUACGUUCAGCCUUCCGUUGAACCCAAGCUCACAAUGCCACCUGCCACUCUUUUGAUUUCGGCCUGGACUGAUAUUUCGACCUCGAUGCCCUCUGCGAUAAAUAUGCACAGUUAUUGCUAUACACCUUCGCCCAUGGGAGUCAACCCCUUUGUUACUCAAAAGAAGUUUGAAUCAUUUAAUGGGUAUAAUUUUGCAAGGGCUUAUUUAUGUGGAGACGAGGUCUACGCACCCAAUGAAAGAAACUCCGGCGGCAAGGCUCUUAUAUGGGAAUGGUACCGGCAUUUAGCCCAGCAUCCUUUGGUCUCUCCAGUCUUUACUGCAGACCUCUCAGGCCUCGAAAGCAGCACACUCCUGCAAACUGGCGCUUUCGACCGACUAUCGGAUGACACGCGUUUGUAUGCUCAUAAACUUGGUCAAGCUAAUCCUAAGCAACGCGUGCGGUUGGAGGUUUACCAAGACAUGGUGCACGUGCACCAGUAUUUUGAGUUUUUGCCCUCAGCCGAUAAAGCACUUCGAUCGAUUGUUGCUUUUGUGGAAGAUGCACAACUGAAAUCCAAAAAUCAGAAUCAGGAACGUAAGCCUGGGGCAGAAUGGAUCGUUGUGAGUACUCUUGGCGUUGAACGAGAGGGACAUGAUGACACGAGUAGUCUCAUUGAGGCCUUAGAUGAAUAUUGGAUAAAACCUCAACGUGAACAAACACUUUGAUUACGAUAUCA